AUGGAGAUCGUUUUUGAAAAGAAAAGUGUUUGGGUUCCUGAGGAGAUUUGCCAGUCAGUCCUGUCUGAGUCUCAGCAGUUCUCCGCAGACCCUGUUGGAAAGAAGGAAGAGAACAACAACAUGAAGAAGAAGAGGGAUCAGCUACCAGAACGCCGCAGGGCCUGGGACUGCCCUCAGGGCCCAGUUGGUUUACACAACAUUGGACAGACCUGCUGCCUUAACUCCCUAAUCCAGGUAUUCAUUAUGAAUGUGGGCUUCACCCAGAUACUGAAGAGGAUAACAGUACCAAGGGGAGCAGAAGAGCGGAGGAGAAGUGUCCCCUUCCAGCUGCUCUUGCUGCUGGAGAAAAUGCAGGACAGUCGGCAGAAAGCAGUGCGACCCAUGGAGCUCGUCUACUGUCUCCAGAAGUACAAUGUACCAUUGUUUAUCCAGCAUGAUGCUGCUCAGCUCUACCUCACAGUUUGGAACCUGAUUAAGGACCAAAUCACUGAUGUGGACUUGGUAGAGAGGCUGCAGGCCCUGUACAUAAUCCGGAUGGAGGAGUCCUUGAUUUGCCUUGAAUGUACCAUGGAGAGUAGCAGAAACAAUAGUAGCAUGCUGACCCUCCCUCUUUCUCUUUUUGGUAUGGACUCAGAGCCCCUAAAAACACUGGAGGAUGCCCUUCACUGUUUCUUCCAGCCCAGGGAGUUGUCAGGCAAGAACAAGUGCUUCUGUGAGAACUGUGGGAAGAAGACCCGUGGUAAACAGGUCUUGAAGCUGACCCAUUUGCCCCAGACCUUGACAAUCCACCUCAUGCGGUUCUCCAUGAGGAAUUCACGGACAGAAAAAAUCUGCCACCCACUGUAUUUCCCCCAGAGCUUGGAUUUAAAUCAGGCCCUUCUGACUGAGAACAACUUCUGCAAUGCUGAAGACCAGCUUGGGGGACAGUAUGAACUCUUUGCUGUGAUUGCCCACGUGGGGCUGGCUGACUUUGGCCAUUACUGCGCCUAUGUCCGGAAUUCUGUGGAUGGGAAGUGGUUCUGCUUCAACGACUCCAGUGUUUGUUGGGUAUCCUGGGAAGACAUCCAGUGUACCUAUGGAAAUCAUAACUGCCGCUGGCGGGAAACUGCAUAUCUUCUGGUUUACAUGAAGACUGAGUCCUAAUAUUGUACCCCAAAUCUUCAGAGACUGACAAAGUAUCAUUUUCCUGUUCUGUCCCUAAAUCUGUUCUUUUAAGAGAUUUUGCAAUUAAGAGAAGUACUACCAUGUUUCCCCAAAAAUAAGACCAAGUAUUAUAUUAGUUUUUCUCCAAAAGAUGCAUUUUAUUCAU